UUCUCAAUAUACAUUUUUCUUUCCACUUUUUUUCAUAAAACACAAAUUUUCUUCCAAUUUCCUUAACCUCCAAAGUGUCCCUCCACUCAUAAUUCCUUUCCCCUCCCCUCCCCUCCAUUUUCCAACUUUCCUUCGGGAACAUGGAUUCAUAUUUUGAUAGAUUUGACUGAUACAAAAGAAUCCGAAAUAGAUUUGACUAAUAAAUAACUAUUAAAAUAAAUAAAUACUCCAUUUUUAACGCUCCCAAUAAACUUUUUGAACUUAUGUGUUGUGUCAGAAGGAGCAGGAUAAUGGUUCUCUGUCUUUGCAGGCAACUUUACCUUUUCCUUUUGAAUUUUGAUUGCUUUUCUAGGCAAACCUUAAAAAUAGGGGUGGCUAUACGGUACGGUCCGGUUAAAUAGGACCAAAUUGAUCUGGUUCCAGUCCGGUCUUUUCGAGAAUAUAAAGACCAAAGAUUGGAUUGGAUACAAUCCGGUCUUGAUCCGGUCCGGUCUUGACCCGGUCCGGUCCCAAUUUGAUUUUGAUUUUAGAUUGAGCUUGUGGGGAUUUGAGUGUUGAGGUCUCUUAUCUGGUCUUUAUCCGGGUUUUUUUUACCUCAAAUCUAAGCCUAAAUAUGAGAUUAGAUUGUUUGCUAUUCGGUCCCAGUCCGGUCCCAGUCCGGGUUAUACGGUCCGGUUUCGGGUAAAACCAAACAAUUCUAGACCAAAUUGCCAGCCCUGCUUAAAAAUCUUGACUCUUAUGGGUGGUUUAAGAAAACACGUGCCAAUUACAAAAAAAAAACUUCUUUUUUAUUAGGAACUCUUUCACUUUGUGGUGUUCCGGAGGCCUAAACAUGAUUAUACAUAAGCAGGACAGAUUGGCUUCAUUGUGUUGUCUAUUUUGACAGGUGUCUUAAUAACAUUGACCCUUUAUUAUUGCUUCAAUCCACUAUUCUUUGUACAAACCCAUUCAUUUUCUCAAAUCUAGAGACCUACUUUUUCUUCUUUACUUGCGUCUUGGGGGCACUAAUUCUUCCUAUAGUGUUUUAAGCAAGCAUUGUAAAAUCAAAGUGUACCGCAUAAAUUGGUGUGGUAUGUUAUAUCUACACUGGUUCAAUUGUUUCAUAUUGGUAAAAAUAAAAUACUAGUUUAGAACCCUAGGCGCAUUAACCUGACUACUAAAACCUCAUUAGCAAUUAUGGUAACCUAAAAGAUUGAAAGCUAACAAAUAAUGAAGCAUAUAUGGUAAACAAACUAGUUUGUCCGUGAGAAAAUAUCUGCACUCACGCUUAGGACUGUCAAAACGAUUUCGGGUUUUCGGUUUAACCCGAACCGCCAGCAAGUGUCUGCAGGUUCAGUAUUUUCGGUUUCAACCCGAGAAUUUACAUAUUGGUUUCGGUUUCAUAAACCCGAAACCCGAGAGGGAACCCGAAAAACCGAAUGUUGCUUAGUUCCUAUGUGACGUUUUUUUGUAGGGAUCUUUCGCUUCGACAAUUGAGCUGUGGCCUGUGAGCAUCGCGACGCGCGCGGCAUCGCCAUUCGCCACACACUCGACGAUCGGUAGCAACCCUACCCUGCAGCGCCAACCCUACCCUGCAGCGCAGUCAGAGACUCCCCCGUCGCCGGCGAACUCAUCCAUUCGUUCAAGAUCGAAGCUUCCCCCGUCGGGGGUCGACGCCGGCGCAUCUGGGUAUCGCAACCCUUUUCCGAUAUGGUUUUAGAGUUCCCUGUCUUCGUCGAUUCCUCUCAUGGCUUCAUCGUUUUGAGUUUUAAUUUUUGCAGGUCUCAAGCCCUUUGAAGCUUCGACAAAGGAGACGCCACCCCUUUGCAGUUCGCACUUCGCCAUGGAAUCCCAGUGAGUCUCUUCGCCAUGGGUCUGCUAUGUUCUCGUUUCCCUUUACUUUCUGUGUUCAGUGCUCUGUUCUCGUUUCCCCUGCCUGUUGUUCUGGAAGCAGAGUGUAAUUGGGAAUUCAGUUUCAAAAAGGGUCUGCUCUGUUCUCGUUUCAAAAAGGGGAAUUCAGUUUCAACAAUCGGGAUGUAAUGUUGUCGUCGUCCACAGAGGAAGAAGAAUUGGCGACACCCAAUUCAAGCUUCUGAUUUGCAUAGGAUUGAGAACUCUCCUGAUGUUGGUUUCAUUGUCAACCCAUGCAUAGGCGGUGACAAUGUUGCUUGAUCUAGAGGUGAUGAAUUGUAAAGAAGAGCUUGUCGAUAUGGAUAUAUGACUAUUUCUUGGGUUUUGGCCUCUCUAGGUUUUGAGGGUGAAAUUUUUUGGGGAUUUUGAUGUCAAGCUUAAGUGCAUAGUUGUAACUUGUAUUCACGUUUUCCAACAAUGAGAAUUCCCAAAUGCUUCAAGCGUGCUAAGUUACUCGUUCAGGAAUAAAGUUUCUUUGUGUAGUGAUGAGCUCCUUUAAUGUAACGUUGGUGCAGGGGACUCAUGGUAAUCAAGAUAUAUGUAUGAGACUGCCAAUUCCAGUCAUUAAUCUCGAGUUGAUUGCUUCUUAUUAGCUAGACUACUUCUGUCUUUUGUUGCUCUGAUACAUACCUCAAAUAAUGAUUGGUUAUUCCUACUUGCAGCUGGAACCAACAGUUGUGGGUAAAUGAAUGGUAGUCUAUUCACUAAGCUAAGCGUUUUCAUUGCUUCAGCUGCAUCUGUUUCUUGUAAUGGAAGUCUGGGUUUUAAAAGCUAUUAGCCUGUUUUGGAGGCUAUUAGUGGGUUUUCAAGUUCCUUGCACUGCAACCUGCAGUGUUGCUUAUGUAUGUGAAUAUAUUAUCUUUCACUUUUGUAUGGGUUUGUUCUCCUGACCAAUAUAUUUUAUAUCUUUCACUGAUGCUGUUGCUGUUUCAACAUGAACAUACCCCAGGAAUUAAUGUAACCUCCAUAACACUCAACUUUUCAUUUUGAUAAGGGAAGUGAGGCACCAUCGGCUUCUCGUCCUAGACGUGGAAGACGCUCUAAGAGUACCAACAUUCCUGCUCCUGCACCGUCUUCCGAUCCUAAUCCUGCUCCUGCACCGUCUACCGGUACCACUAAUGUACCUCCUGCUCAAACAAUAGACGAGGAGACAAUUUCAAGAAAAAGGAAAGAAAAGUCUGACGUUUGGCCACACUUCAAGCGUUUUAAGAAGGAUGGAGUGGACAAAGCAAGAUGCAUUUAUUGCAAUGGUGUUCUUAUGGCUCCCACUAGAUAUGGGACUUCUACUCUGCGGAAUCAUAAAGAUAGUUGUUUGGAAAAGAUAGAAAAGGGUGAGCUGAUAGUCGAUCAUCUAUCAUCUUCUGGAGGCCUGAGGCCAGAUUGGAUAAGAUCUCCAGACUUCGAGUUGGUGGCUGAUGGAGAAGAUCAGGGUGAUGAAGUGGUAUUUCAAAAUGUAUAUGCAGCUUUUCAAGCUCGGAGUGCAAGUGCACCUGCAGGACCUAGUGGAAGCUCUCAUGCAGGACCUAGUGGAAGCUCUCCUGCUACCCAUGUUUUGGUCCCGAGUCCUACUAUGUCACAAGUGGAAGAAGACUAUGUCGACAACAAUUCCGAUGAGAAUGAUGAGACUUAUGUAGAUGUAGAGCCUGAUGAGGAGUGAUAAUGGUAGUAGUAUUUAUCUUGUAUGGUGGAUGAAUUUUUAUUUUACUUGGAUGUUAUCAUUUGAGAAUUGUGAAACUAAUGUGUUUAAUUACGAGUUGAAGAUAAUCUCAUCUAUGAUUGUUGGUAUUUUAUGUUGAACAAAAUUAUUUAUAAUUUUGCGCCAAACACCAAACAUUUUUUUGCAUAUGAUAGUUGGUAUACCUUCAAUUUUGGACCUAUGGUAUUACUAAAACAUUUAAUUAUACGAAAAUCCACAAUUAAAUAAGAUAUGAUUAAGUUA